AUGACAAAAAAAAUGAGCAAAAAAAAAAUAUUUUGCAUUUUCUAUCCUGAUUUAAUUGAUAAAACAAAAACUCCAUCGUGUAGUCUUACUGUUUAUGAAGAUAAUAGAGAUUUUUCAAUUCUCAAAUUUCAUGCUGGACCACCAUAUGAAGAUAUUGCAUUCAAAAUUGUUAGUGAAGAAUGGGAUAAGUCACCCGAACAUGAAUUUCGAUGUCAUAUUCAAAAUGGAGUAUUUCAAUUAUGGCUUCAUUUUCGUAAACAGAAAUAUCGUCGAUAA